GCCGCCGCCGCAGCGGCCGCCGCGGGCGACCAGUACCCGCGCUACGGGUACGCCGCCGCCGGGUACCCGCUGGCGGCGGCGCAGCACCACCACCACGGGCCCGCCAAGGAUAUGGUCAAGCCGCCCUACUCGUACAUCGCGCUCAUCGCCAUGGCCAUCCAAAACGCGCCCGAGAAGCGCAUCACGCUCAACGGCAUCUACCAGUUCAUUAUGGAGCGCUUCCCGUACUACCGCGAGAACAAGCAGGGCUGGCAGAACUCGAUCCGGCACAACCUCAGCCUGAACGAGUGCUUCGUCAAGGUGCCGCGCGACGACAAGAAGCCGGGCAAGGGCAGCUACUGGACUCUCGACCCGGAUUCGUACAACAUGUUCGACAACGGAUCGUACCUGCGCCGGCGGCGGCGCUUCAAGAAGAAGGACGCGCUCAAGGAGAAGGAGGAGGCGCUGAAGCGACAGCAGGAGCAGCAGCAGCAGCAGCAAGGGGCGGCAGCGGCGGCGCAGCAGAAGGCGGCCCUGGCCGAGCCGCACAAGCUCAAGACGGAGUGCGUGGUCGCCAAGGCGCCCAAGCGCGAGCCGCUCGAGCUGAGCACGUGCAAGUACCCCGACGUGAAGCCCGCCGUGCUCGAGCAGCAGCAACAGCAGCAGCAGCACGAGGCGGCCGCCUUCAGCGUGGACAGCCUGAUGACGGCCGGCAGCGUGGCCGGCAGCGCCGCCAUGUACCCGUACCACCACCACCACCACCACCACCACCACCAGUACCACGCGCAGCCGCCGCCGCCCGUCACGGUGGCGGCGGCCGACCACCACGAUCAGUUCCGCACGCCGUGGUACGGCUCCCCGGACGCGGAGGCGGUCGCCGUGGCGGCG